AUGUACACCACUAAUGAGGUCGUUAAGAAAUGGAAGCGAGCAGACGUUCCUGAAUAUUUGAAGUCCAAACAAGAUGAGAUGGAUCUUGACGACGAAGAUAUAAAGCUAAUAAGCUUGUCAGAAGAAAAGCUUUUAGUCCCUCCAUAUAACCUUCUCGGUUCAGCCGGAGCCAUAGCACUUUUGAUCAAGGCACUUAAUGGCGAAGUGCAAGGAAAGAUGCACGAACUUUGGGACUGUCACUACACUAAUGGCCAAGCCUCAAUGAGUAUUAAUGUCAGCAAAGAUCGUGUAGAUCAUUCUUUUAAAAAGGAAAUUGAGGUUUUACGAAAGCUGUUUGCAGACGAACAUCCCGCUUAG